CAAUCUAUUCAAUGAAAAAAAUAUACUGUAAACUUAUUAUGUUUUAAAAAUUGAUAGACACAUAUGAUAUUUUGAGCUUUUAUAUUUUUGUUUUUGUUGAUUUUUUUUCUUCUUGUGUUGGGAUUGCUCUUUGAAGCUUUAGUCUAUGGAUCACUUCUGGUGGAACAGAAAGAACGUGAUUGUACUUAUGAAUUAUGUAGUAGACUUUUAAGUGAAUAACACAUUGUAAUUUUAUUCCUCCUGCUGAAAGGGCUUUCCAAAGUAAGUUUGAUAUCAUUUACUUUUCCGCUUAUACUAUAUUUUGCAAUUAUCUAAAUAUUUUUAUAACAGGUUCACACAGAUCCAAAAACUUUGUUUUCGUUGUAUCCACAUCGUGUUUUUGACCCUUGAUUGGUCAGGUUUUAACCCGAUUAUCUAACCGCAAGUGCAUAGUAAAGUAUACAGUAGUAAUACGGGACUAAAUCCACAAAGACCGAUGACCACAUGUAGAACAGCAGACAAGUUACUAGCUAAAAAGAGACUGUUCGCUUAGUUUUCAGUUUUUUUUAAUUCAAAUAAGCAAGAACAAAAAGUAAUUAAAACGAGUUUGUAAACAAUUAUAACAAAUUUUGUGGAAAAUGAAAAUUUUCAGGGAUCUCUCUUCAGUAAUGGUCAUGCAACAAAAGGAUAGGAAAACAAAGUGCAGCAACAUCUCGAACUCAAAAUCACAAUAUUAGAGUUAACCUACUUCCGUAGAGCUAACACUAUGCCCAGAAUCCUAAAUACUAGCUUCCACUGUAUUUCAUAUUAAAAAAAGAAAAGCUUUAGGUUCAGUUUUGAUUAGUUCACAAGGCGCAAUAACAUCAACUUUUGUUGGUUACUGAAACCUUGCUCAUUUAUAUCGGGAAUUCAAAUAACAUUUUGGUGCGAUGAAAUUCCUAAAACCAGAGGCUAUGUGAUGAAACAAGUCUCAGCCUUAAGUACAUCAGCAGACAAAGAUCCAUAAUCAUAAAUCCUUAUUCAAUUUUUUUUUAGAUCAAUACCUAUGAGAACCUCUUAACCCAACGAGGAGACACUACUCACUCAUAAUCAGACAAUAACAAAAUGAAAUCAGAAAAGAAAACAUCAUAUUAUUGUAUUGAAAAUGAGAUAAGGGUUAAGAAGAUCUUCUCCAAAUUAGUACAAGAAGAUUCAUCUUCCAAAAGUCUACAAAAUGAUUUAGGUACAUCACAAAACUCUAAGAAAUUACCCUUGGUCUCUCUCUGGCGUCAGGAACUAAGAACAGAUAAAAAGUACUGAAUAAAAUCGGUUUUUAGGUUUUUACGUCUUCAAAAAGCGUCUCUUCACUAAAAAGGAAAGUUGCUUCGCUAUGCCACCGAUCGAUCUAUCCAUGUGAUACGGAUCGAUCGAUCAUUGCCAUGGGUCGGACGAUCUCUUGUUUACGGAACGUUCAAUUUCUUUUACAUUCGAUCGAUCAAUCCAAAGAUGCCAGCUGAUCGAUCGAUCCAAAGAUGCCAGAUCCAUCGACAAGGAUCAGGUUAUUAACACAUUCGACCAGUGAUCUAUUUUUGCUUCAAAUUCACUUCCUAAAAACGUUAUUUCCUGUCAAGCUAACCUGUAAUCUAUAAUAUCACUGAAAAACAAAAGAAGUCGAAAAAACUAAAAUACCUUGAAAUCCGAUCAUUUUUUGCAAAAUUGAGUUUAAACUUUAAACUAAUAAAAACACAACACACCAACCGUUUUCCCAACAGUCAGUCAGAGGAGCAAAUGAGUUCUCAUGUGAGAAGGCCGGUUAUCAACUGAUCUACCUCGAGUAUGCUCACCUGAAAGGAAACUCUGACUGGCGAGGUGGAAUACCUUUGGAACGUGAAUGGUCGAUAUUGCGGUAACAUUUAAAUAAUGACUAAAAUUUUAAAUCAUAUUAUAUAUUUUAUUAAUGAUUAUUUACAAGUGUUCAAAUACUUGCACUAAAAUUUUCAUCUUUAAAAUAAAAAUUCUCACAAACAAACUAAAGUUUUUGUUUUUGCCGAUCAUUACAAUUAGCUGAUAUGUUUAAAAAUUUCAUCUUUAAAGAAAAAGUUCUCACAAACAAACUAAAGUUUUUGUUUUUGCCGAUCAUUACAAUUAGCUGGUAUGUUGUUUUCUGCAUAAUUUCAUUUCAUAUAUACAUCACAACUAUUAAUAAAAUUUGAUUCGAGAUUUAUGCUACAGUUUCAUCAAACAUGCAAUUUUAAAUAGAUUCUCUUUUCCUUUAGUAAGAAUUAAGUCGACGACAAAAACGAAAAAAAGAUUGAUGCCAUUUUUAAUGCCCUUUUACUUAGCAAAAUUUCGAUAUUUGAGUAGUAUUAAAUCUUAUCUUGUUUGACUAAGAAAACCUAAGUCAAACCGUAAGUAUAUAGGGAAAAAGCAUUAUCUUCUCGGCUAGUGUAUGGACUCAGGACUUAUGGAGUAAUCUUGACUCUUAACUAGUGAUUUAUCUGUUUUUCAUAAUUAUAUCUACUCCUCAAAAUAAAGGAUUAAAUAGAACCGACUUACGCUUCUUAAUGUUUUGGCGGUAUUUAAAAAUAAUAACUAAAGUAAAUCAAAAAGGUAAAUUUAUCCCAUAUCUUUCUCUCUACACUUAUAAUUCUGCCAAAGUAGGCUUUGAUUUCGAUCUUAGCAAAUCAAAACUCAAACAUCUUGUAAAUUUUUUUGUGUUUUGUUUUCGAUUUAAUUUAACAUUUAAUUAAAAAAAGAUCUCUGCCUUGCCAUGGCUGGAGCCAAAGUGAAACCAAUCGGUAGUAUAUUAUAUGAGGUCAUAUUUCGUCAUGUCAGUAAGUCCUUUUUCAAUACAAAAACAGCAUACAAUAACAUAUUCGCAUAGGAGAUAUAACAUUUUAUUAUAUAGUCUUAAUAUUCUUAAUAUAUUUUGUGAUCUGUUGAAACAGCAAUAAUUUUUUUUCUUCUAAUUAUUCUUUAUUUGAUAAAUAGUAUUUGAAAUAACUCCUAAAACAUUUUAAGGAGAAAUGAGAGGUUUUUCUCCAUAUCCUUAUAUCCGAGAGAUUAAGUUAUUCAUUUUCUAUUCAAGAUACUUUCCCAGCCACAAUAUAUAUUUAAACUUAUAACCAUUUUAAAAAUUUAUCAUGUAAUUAGUUUAGAUGUUUAAAACUAAAGUCCUUAAAUUCUUGUAAAUUAUGUUUACAGUUUUAAGAAAUUCAUAUUUAUUUGCCCUCUUCCUCGACAUAAACUUUCUUCAUAAUAAUCUAUACUCAUCCUUUAUCCAUGACAGGAAAAACUCUAUACAAUUUGUAUUCCCUAAAGUUGUAACUUUUGGUAUCUAUUUAUUUAACCAGUUAUAAUAUAUUUUUUAUAAAAUACUAGUUACAAUUAUGUUAUUUUCAACCAAAUAUCAAAAUUAAACUAUGAUAGUUUUUAUUAUGUAACACAAUAAAUUAGUUCUAUAAUAUAUUUUCUGAAUUUUAAUUUUAAGGUUGAACAGUUGAAGAAAAGGAAAAAUUAAUCUCCUUACGAGAACAUGAAAGAAUGAGCACUUGCACCUUUUCUAUUUCCAUAUCAUCACUAAUUAAAUAACCAUUGGUUAGUUUUUUUUUGUCAACAAGCAUUGGUUAGUUUUAUUAUACCAAUGAACCUUAGAUACACCAAACAUAUAUAUAUAUAUAUAUAUAUAUAUAUUUUGUCAUCAACUUAUACAGAUUCAGAAAGACUUUGUAAACCAAACGGGGUGAUAUAUAUCCAUGUGGACGACAAAAAACAGUUGCACCCUAGCAUUACGGGCUAGACUAUAAUCCGCCAUUGAAUUUUGUAUCCUUGGAAUAUGGAUGAUUUGUGCUUGGAAGAAACUCUCUUUCAGGACCUUGAUAUCUUCCAAAUAAUUUGCAAAAGCUGGUCAUUCUUCUGGUGUCGAAACCAUCUUCACCAAUUGAGAACAAUCCGUUGCAAACGUAACAUGGAAUUGACGUAAAUUUCUCAUGCAUUCCAUUGCCCGGAAUAGCACUUCCAUUUCUGCAUGAAGAGGAGAAAGGCUAACCAAACAUUCCUCGCCCUCAACAGUCCAGUAAAUCCUUCUAGAGUGCUGAGCCAAACUUGUCCAGAAAAACUAUCGCUCUCUUUUCAAGAACCAUAUGUGAAACACCAUCGUCCUGGAAUUGACGGCAGAGAAGUAACCGCAACUUGUGGUACUGUCCUUUGCUCAUUCAAAAUUUGUGCCUCAGCCCAUAAUGUUGACUCUGUUUCUGCCAAUUUAAGCGUAUCCAUGGGAUCAAUAUCCAAAUUACUGAAAACUUUAUUAUUACGACAUUUCUAUAUGUACCAUAGAAUCCAAGAAAACUGAUGAUCCUCUAUAUGUGGUAGAACUCUCCAGAAGAGAUGAUCCAUGUGUGUGAAUAGAGAACUUGUUGGAAAGAUUUCUGGAUUUGAUGGUAUCUUCGAGAGAGUCCAAACCUGAAGUGCUGGAGGACAUUCAAAAACACAUGGUUUACCGAUUCUUCAUGAGCUCCACAUCUUGCACAACAAAUAUCCCCUUGAAUCCAUCUCCCUUGUAGAUUCUUCUUAACUGUGAUACACCAUGUUACUAGUUGCCAUAGAAAAUGUUUUAACUUUGGUGGGCACCGUAUUUUCCAACAAAAGGCCUUCAAGACGUCAACUGUGGGGCCUAUCAAAAGUGGUGGUCUUACCCUAUCUGGGUAAAUCCGUUCCACCUAAUAUCCUGAUUUAACUGUAUAUUUCUCACUUUUUGUAAAGUGACAUCCAUCCCUAUCCAUCCUCUGAAUCCUACUCAGUGGUAUACUUUCUAUAAGUUUCACAUCCUGUGGGUCCACCAAAACCCGAAUUGCCUGUGAGUUCCAAGUGCACGAAGUAAAGUCAAUGAGAGAGUCCACUGUAAGGUCCGGGUAUAAAUUGUGUUGAUUUUUAUUGGCUGGUCUCCGGCAAGUGGUUGGGAGUCAUGGAUCAUUCCAUGCAGAUAUAGAAGAACAUGAUCCCACUCUUUUGAUUAGUCAUUUGCUUACCAGAGAUCUAGUAGAUACAAUACUUCGCCAGCCAUAUGAUGGAGAAUAUGAACGAAUCGGUUCCAGGGGUGAAGCAUUCCUGUAAUACCGACCUUUAAAAACUCUAGCAAAUAAUGUGUUUGGCUUCUCUAUUAGAUGUCAAACCUGUUUACCAAGCAUCGCUGUAUUAAAAUCAGUGAUAUCUUUAAACCCCAGACCUCCUUCGUCUUUAUCGACACAUAUUUUGUCCCAUGAUUUCCAGUGCAUGCCUCUCGUGCUUCCCCCUGAACUCCACCAAAAUUGUGCAAAUUUCUAAUAUUGAUUUAAAAUAGAAAGACAAAACUCAUUAUAAAAACGUGUUACAUGACUGGAAACAUUUAAGGAGCUAAAAGUUAAAACUACUGUGAUGUUAGAUCAAAUAUUUACCAGUUAAAUCAAUAUAAUAAAUUUAUUGAAAAUAAAAUUAGUUUUUUGUAUAAUAUUUGGUGUUGAAAAUAUUCAAAACAUGUUGAAUAAGAAAAAAAUAUAGAAUACCAAAGUCACAUACCAUUCUCUAAAUUUUUGAUAUUUUUAUAUUCUUCUAAUUGUUUGAAACAAAUAAUUGUACUAUAAAUUAAAUAAUAUAUUUUUAAUUCUCAUAUGAAAAUUUAUUAUUUUUAAUUAUCUAAAAUAAAGAUUAUUGUUUAUUUUUAUUAAAAAUAUUGUUAUAUAUAAAAUUUAAAUGUUGUUGAAUGAUGAGUUGGAAGAAAGAAAAUAUGAUGUAGAGCGUUAAAAAAAUGAAAAAAAUAGUGUUAAAUUUUGAAACCGUAGUGAAUGAUAAGUUUUUCUUGUUUGCUAGUUGAAAGCCAUAAUUUUAAAAGAUUUUGAAUAUUUGUUUAGUGACUAUACAAUUGCUAUAUGAUUUUUUGUAUUUUAGCUUUACAUGUAUUGUAUUUGUACUACGUACAACCUAUUUUCCAAUAGAUAACUAUUCUUCCAAGUAUCCUAGUUCAACCACGCUUAUCUCCAAAAUUCUUAAUUGAUAAAUAACCGAAAAAAAAAAACUUACUGACAUAAAUAACCAAAUUAAUUUUCAAUAACCUUCCAACAUAUAUAUAUUAAAAAUCGGAACCUUGCAAUCACUUGCAUCCAAGAAAGCCACUCAUGUUACUGUAAACCUACAUAGAACUCUAUCGUACUAGUCUUGGUUCGAUUCCGAUACUACUUAUAAAAGUCAUAUAAACUCUUCAUGUGUGUUUACGGCCUCGUCUUGCGGUUGGACGCAUUAAUUUUAAGAAGUUUGAAACACUUCAUAUUAUCUUUUUUUUCAUGCUUUGGAUUUAGUCCAGGGUAUGACAAACCACUUUUGAUAUGUAAUCCAUUCUUUCACUGAUCUAAUUUUAAGCCUGUUUAAUUUUGAAGUUUCACUGAUCUACUUUAAGCCUGUUUAAUUUUGAAGUAGUGUAAAAUUAAUAGCGAGAUCCUCCUUUACGUGCAACCAAAUCAUACUCCCGAAGUGUUAUAUUGUUGGUAAUGUUUUUCGCUGAAUAAAUUAAUUCAUCAUCAUUAAGUGUUAAAAAACUUACAAGACAUUCUAAGAUUGAAGGAUUAGAGUUUUAUUUUAUUUAUAUUAUAUUAGAUGAUGUCCCGCACCUUGUACGGAUUAAUAUAUCUAUAUAUCUAAAAAAAUUUAAUUCUAAUGUUUAUUUUUAUAAAAAAUAAUAAUUAAAGUAGAUAAAACAUUUAAUUUAUAUUAUCAAUUACAAAACUUCAAUAUUCAUAUUGGUAAUCAAUGUAUUAAAUUAUGUUAUUUUGUUUCAUAUUUUUAUUUAUGUGAUGUAGAUUUUGGAUCAAAAUAUUUUAUAUGGUAAUAAUUAAAUAAAGAAAUUUGUAUUUGAAAUUAAACACAUAUUGUAUUUAGACUGAAAAGAAAUCAUGUGGUACUGAACGGAUUAUAAAAAAUCACAUAAAACAUCAACAAAAAUGAUUGUAUAGGAGUGUUCAAUCCAGUAAAAACCAAACCAUUUAAAACCGAACCAAAUAGAAAUAAAGAAAAUAGUCUAGGUUUGCUAUUACCGAAUAAACCAAAUGGAUAUUAUUUUUAAGAAACUGAAGUAUAUGGACAUGGUUCAGUAUAUUAAGCGAUCAAACUGAAUAAACCACAUAAACCGACUAAUUCAGAUAUAUUAGCAUACUUAUAUAUAAAUUUAAUAAUAAUCUAUAUUUAAUCAAUAUUUCCAAUAAAAAUUAGAGAACUGAGUAUAAUAUUAGUUAUUAAAAUCAUAAACUAAAUAUAAGAUAAAAUUAAUGAUGAUAUUAUCGGUAGAUAUUUUUAAUAACUUAAUAUCAGUUGUUAAUAUCUAUUUAAUUAAAUAUCCUAAAUAUCAUGAUAAUUAAUAUUAAAAUAUUUUAAAAAAUAAUAGAAUAUAUAUCAGUAGAAUAUGUUAAUGUUUAUUAAUUAUCUUAAAUAUCAUGAUAAAUAUAUAGAUAUCAAAAUAAAAUUUUAAAUAAUAAUAUUAAUUAAACUAAUGACUUAUCUUAAAAUUAUGGAAAAUAUGACAAGUAAGCAUAUUAACUAAAAUUAUUGAGAAGAUGAUAAUUCAGCAAAUUUACUUCUCAAAUAAUGUAUAUAUAGAGUAGAAUCUCUAUAAAUUAAUACUCAAUAAAUUAAUAAUCUCUAUAAAUUAAUAAAUUUCGCGAGUCCCAACUUGGACCGGUUUAAAAUUUGAUACAAAUCGAUAAAAUAAUAAGAUAAUAUUUUCUAGAAAAUUCUAUAUAAAUAUAUGGUCCCAUUCAAAUUAUGAAUUAAUAAAUUAUAUAUAUAUACAUAUUUUAUAUAAGUAAUAACCUAUUAUUAUAUGUUUGUUGUAUAUUCACAGUGGACCUAUCUUUAUAUUUUCUUAACACUUAUAUAUUUUUGAUGAGAUUUUGUAAUAUUCUAUUUAAAGCCACAUUUAAGUUAUAUGCAAUAUAUAUUUUAUACAUCAUAUAAUAUAAUAAAAUUAAUAUAAAUGUUUAAUUUCAAAUAAUAAUAAUUAAUGUCUAUACAGUAAAAAUAAAUAUUUUUUCAUCUUAGAAUAAAUAUAUAUAAAAAUAAGAAAUCUAAAUAAGAAAACUUUUGUAAAUUAAUAUCUCUAUAAAUUAAUAAAAUUUUAAAAUCCCAAUAUUAUUAAUUUAUAGAAGUUCUAGUGGAUAUAGUUCCUUAUCAUACAUAUUGUUUUUGUCCCUAUUGUCCUUUUCCAGUCGACACACGAUUUUUUAAGUCAAAGGAAACAAAAAAAAUCCCACUAAGAUUAGAAAGAAAAUGAUUUUAUGUUAAAAAGAAAUCAAAACUAUUGUAGAGCCACAUGUCGAGAUAACAUCAAUUUCUGCAACUAUAAAUAGAACGUUUUAUCCUCCAAAAAGCCCAACCAAUAACCACAUUAAAAAAAAAAAGUUCCACUCUGUUUCUUUUUCAUUUGCAUAAAUCAUUUUGCCUCCAAAAGGCUUCUGGGCUCUGUCUCUUUGUCUCUUUUACCUCUACUCCGCUCAAAACAAUUUUACUUGCCUCAACAAACAUGUGUAAUUUAACACCAUCUUCUUCCUCUUCCUUACUAUCAUCUCCCAAAGAAAAAAACAAUUUCUCAAAACUCGAAACCUGUGAUGCAGACCAUCCCCAUUAUUCCGACUUUACCGAUGACGGUUCCCGAGACCUUAAUAGAUGGCCAACUUUUCUCGAGGGCUUAGAGGAAGUGAAAGCGAUCGGAAGAAUCUCAGGGCCGACGGCAAUGACCGGACUUCUUAUGUACUCAAGAGCAAUGAUAUCGAUGCUGUUCCUUGGCUACCUCGGCGAACUUGAGUUAGCCGGAGGAUCUCUCUCCAUCGGCUUUGCCAAUAUCACCGGCUACUCCGUCAUCUCCGGCUUGUCCAUGGGGAUGGAGCCAAUCUGCGGGCAAGCUUACGGUGCUAAACAAAUGAAGCUUUUAGGACUAACCCUUCAAAGAACCGUCCUCCUCCUCCUCUCGUGCUCGGUCCCCAUCUCCUUCUCUUGGCUCAAUAUGAGGCAAAUCCUCUUGUGGUGUGGCCAAGACGAAGAGAUCUCUUCCGUUGCGCAAAAGUUCCUUCUCUUCGCCAUCCCUGACCUCUUCCUCCUCUCUCUGCUUCACCCUCUUCGUGUUUACCUCCGAACACAGAACAUUACAUUGCCCGUGACUUACUCCACGGCCGUCUCCGUCCUCCUUCACGUUCCGUUGAACUUUCUUUUUGUGGUGAAGCUCGAGAUGGGAGUCGCGGGAGUCGCUAUUGCUAUGGUCUUAACCAAUCUCAACCUCGUAGUCCUCUUAUCUUCUUUUGUAUAUUUCACAAGCGUGCAUAGUGAUACAUGGGUCCCACUUACUGUGGACUCUCUUAAAGGUUGGUCGUCUUUGCUCUCGCUUGCAAUACCCACUUGUGUAUCCGUUUGUUUGGAAUGGUGGUGGUACGAGUUCAUGAUCAUUUUGUGUGGACUUUUGGUUAACCCAAGAGCCACCGUUGCUUCCAUGGGAAUCUUGAUCCAAACAACAGCUUUAGUCUACGUCUUCCCAUCCUCUCUCAGCCUCGGCGUAUCCACAAGAAUCAGCAACGAGCUUGGGGCUAAACGCCCGGCGAAGGCUCGUGUAUCCAUGAUAAUUUCCCUCUUCUGCGCGACCGCCUUAGGCCUAAUGGCAAUGGUGUUCACCGUGCUUGUUAGGCACCGAUGGGGACGCUUGUUCACCACGGAUGUAGAGAUUCUUGAGCUGACUUCAAUUGCAUUGCCCAUCGUGGGUUUAUGUGAACUCGGGAACUGUCCUCAAACGACCGGUUGUGGUGUUUUGAGAGGCUGUGCAAGACCAACACUCGGUGCCAACAUAAACUUGGGUUCGUUUUACUUUGUGGGCAUGCCGGUGGCUAUUCUCUUAGGGUUCUUUUUCAAACUAGGAUUUCCAGGUCUCUGGUUUGGCUUGCUUGCAGCUCAAGCGACAUGUGCUUCUCUCAUGCUGUUUGCACUCUUGAGAACAGAUUGGGCAGUCCAAGCAGAGAGGGCUGAAGAACUGACGUCAAAAACACCGGGAAAAACUCCUCCUCUCCUCCCAAUCGCCAAGACUAAGAGCAGGUCUCCACCAGAUACAGAUGAUAUGAUGAGAACCAUGUUGGUUUAGAUUGAUAUCUAUUCUUUGGAGUCAUUUGCCUUCAAUGUUGACGUACAAAUAUUCUUGUCAAACAUCAUUUUUGGAGUUUAUAUUACUCCUUAACUUUUACUCUUUUUUUAACAUAAGAACCACUUUGUUUUGUGGGCUUUAUUGGUGUUUCAUUUUAUCUAUGGUUGUAUGGAUGUAAUAGUUUCUAGAUUUGACUUUACCAGUUUGUACUAUAUUUGUUUCCUUCUGCAAUAACAACUCAUUCGGAUUAGCUUUA